GCUCUGAAUCCCCUCUCCUUGCGCGCCGUGAAACAAAGAAGCAAGAAAAAGUCUCUUGCCUCUUCGGCAGCUGCAGACUUUUUCCUGGUCUCCCUCCCAGCCAGCUGUGGUGCGCUAACCCCUUCAGGCUGUGUUCACGCCGCCAACCCCAGUCCUCUCCCUGCGAUCCAACCGAUCCAACCGAAGCCCGAGCCUCAGCUCCCAGCCCCGCCCGCCCCAGCGGCUGAGCAGACAAGCCUCUCUGGCUGGCCCUCAGAGUAAGCUGCAGGAAUAGGCUUCUGCGGGCUUGGAUCUCCUAUUGCUCCCCCGCUCCCACGAGCUGCCGAGGGCCUUUCCUGGCUUGGAGCCACACCCAACUCCUCAUCAGCAUGGUCAUCUUUCCAAAAUUGAGCCGACCUACCACAGGGGGACCAGCAUUCACCAGGUCAGCUCCAGGCAGAGGUGCAGGAUGACUAGAGCUGUUAAUGACCACCACCACCAAAAUACUUGUGAUCUAUCGAAUGACUCGAUUCCCACAUGGUGGAUGUCAAGUUUAAUACAUGUAUCCUGUCAUCUGAUGGCCAGAACAGCUUAAUGAAAACUUCAGUUUUCUUUGGACAUCCAGCCUUCCUCCGUGUAGCCUCAGGUGAAGCUGACUGUACCCCUCAGAGCCAGGGUUCCCAAAGGAGCAGCACCAAGAAGCGGUGAGGUGGGCAGUCCUCCAGACUGAGCAAAGAAACAUUCUAAAGUUUUCAGGUGCCACGCAAGUUGCAGAGCCCCCUAUAUAUGAGUGCUGACUCCAGACGCCCCUCACUAAAGGCAAGCACCCCGAGCCCACUUUUUAAACUGCGGAGUGAAUAGGGGGGAAAAGAAUCCCAGUGGGCUACCUGGGGGUGGGGGACAGGGGGAUCCCCACGCUCAGGUCGCUCUAUCCCCACCCCCGCCCCCGCUCCCCCCACCUUUUCCCCUCCCCCUACUGGCCUGCCCUGGGGGAGACGGGGGCGCGGCCCGCCUCCGGGCUGAGCAGGGUGGCGGCGUCGGGGCUGCGGGCGCCUUCGCUGGACCCGCAUUGCCCCCUAGUGCCGCGCGGAGUCAGGGCGCCGGGCUCCCCCGCCUGAUGUCACCGCCGUGCAGUCAGCCCAGAGGCGGCUCAUUGAAAGCAGACCCUCCUAGGCGCUAGCUGGGCGGAGGCGCCGCUGUCCGCAGACCCGCCGCGGGCCGGGCAGAGCCGGGCGCCCCCUGCCCCGCUGCCCGCUCCUCCCCGCCGCUCCCCGCGAGCCCGGCCCGGCGCGCCUGACGUGGACCGUUAAACUUGGAGCUGCCGCCUCGUCUCCUCUCUCCUCCUCUUCCCUCUGACAGGCGAGCGAGCGGCUCGGUGCAGGCAGGAGACGUGCUGCCGGGCUGGGCUGCCCGGGGGAGAUGACUUCUCGCCAGGAGGGCGCCUCUGGGAAGAAGACCACGGGGGAAGCAAAGUUUCAGGGCAGCUGAGGUGCCUUCGCCAGCCCUUCCCAGCCCUGUCUCCCCUCUGGCUAUGGAGGGCGGACUCUAAAAUGAAUCCCGAUCUGGACACCAGCCACAACACAUCAGCACCUGCCCACUGGGGAGAGUUGAAAAAUGCCAACUUCACUGGCCCCAACCAGACCUCGAGCAACUCCACACUGCCCCAGCUGGACAUCACCAGGGCCAUCUCCGUGGGCCUGGUGCUGGGCGCCUUCAUCCUCUUUGCCAUCGUGGGCAACAUCCUAGUCAUCUUGUCUGUGGCCUGCAACCGUCACCUGAGGACGCCCACCAACUACUUCAUCGUCAACCUGGCCAUUGCCGACCUGCUGCUAAGCUUCACCGUGCUGCCCUUCUCCGCGGCCCUGGAGGUGCUCGGCUAUUGGGUGCUGGGCCGUAUCUUCUGUGACAUCUGGGCCGCCGUGGAUGUCCUGUGCUGCACAGCCUCCAUUUUGAGCCUGUGCGCCAUCUCCAUCGACCGCUACAUCGGGGUGCGCUACUCUCUGCAGUACCCCUCGCUGGUCACCAGGAGGAAGGCCAUCUUGGCGCUCCUCAGCGUCUGGGUCUUGUCCACGGUCAUCUCCAUUGGGCCUCUUCUUGGGUGGAAGGAACCGGCGCCCAAUGAUGACAAGGAAUGUGGGGUCACUGAAGAACCCUUCUAUGCCCUCUUCUCCUCCCUGGGCUCCUUCUACAUCCCUCUGGCGGUCAUACUGGUCAUGUACUGCCGGGUCUACAUCGUUGCCAAGAGGACCACCAAGAACCUGGAGGCUGGAGUCAUGAAGGAGAUGUCCAACUCCAAGGAGCUGACCUUGAGGAUCCACUCCAAGAACUUUCACGAGGACACCCUCAGCAGUACCAAGGCCAAGGGCCACAACCCCAGGAGUUCCAUAGCUGUCAAACUUUUUAAGUUCUCCCGGGAAAAGAAAGCAGCCAAGACCUUGGGCAUUGUAGUCGGUAUGUUCAUCUUGUGUUGGCUACCCUUCUUCAUCGCUCUACCACUUGGCUCCCUGUUCUCCACCCUGAAGCCCCCCGACGCCGUGUUCAAGGUGGUGUUCUGGCUGGGCUACUUCAACAGCUGCCUCAACCCCAUCAUCUACCCGUGCUCCAGCAAGGAGUUCAAGCGCGCCUUCGUGCGCAUCCUCGGGUGCCAGUGCCGCGGCCGCCGCCGCCGCCGCCGUCGCCGCCGCUUGGGCGGCUGCGCCUACACCUACCGGCCGUGGACGCGCGGCGGCUCGCUGGAGCGGUCGCAGUCGCGCAAGGACUCGCUGGAUGACAGCGGCAGCUGCCUGAGCGGCAGCCAGCGGACCCUGCCCUCGGCCUCGCCGAGCCCCGGCUACCUGGGCCGCGGCGCGCCGCCGCCCGUCGAGCUGUGCGCCUUCCCGGAGUGGAAGGCGCCCGGCGCCCUGCUGAGCCUGCCCGCGCCCGAGCCCCCGGGCCGCCGCGGCCGCCACGACUCGGGCCCGCUCUUCACCUUCAAGCUGCUGGCCGAGCCCGAGAGCCCCGGGACCGACGGAGACGCCAGCCACGGGGGCCAUGAGGCCGCAGCCGACGUGGCCAACGGGCAGCCCGGCUUCAAAAGCAACAUGCCCCUGGCGCCUGGGCAGUUUUAGGGCCCCGCGCACCGCUUCCUUUCCCUGGGGAGCCAAUCAUCG